AUGGAGGAUCAGGAGGGUUUUCUGGAUGCAUGCGAGGGUUUCCUGGAGGCACGCGAGGGUUUCCUGGAGGCACGCGAGGGUUUCCUGGAGGCACGCGAGGGUUUCCUGGAGGCACGCGAGGGUUUCCUGGAUGCACGUGAGGGUUCCCUGGAGAAACCGGGUCUGAAAGACCAUUAUUGGUUCCGAAAAGUAAUGCCUGAGGUGGAAAAUACUAGAGUGUGUCCUGGUCAACAUGUCGCGAAUCGGUCCAUCUUCAUCAAUACGGCUGUUAUUCUCUGGGCUUUCCGCCUUUCAGAGAAUCCUGCAGCGAAGAUUGACACGCUUGCAAUCUCAAAUACUGCAACCGUACAUGCUGCUGCAUUUGAGAUAUGUUUAGAGAAGAGGAUCGAUGAGAAUGUGAUCAGGGAACUAUGUGCACCGGGCAAAUAA